AUGGCUUUCAGCUUUGGAGCCUCCAACCCCGCUGGGGGUGCCGCUGAAUUGGGCCCCGAGCUUCCUGAUGUUUUCGUAGAUGAAGUUGGGUUCAAAGGCGUGUCCAGCGAUAGCAACAUUCGAUUACUCAAUACUCCCUGGCCCGAAGAUUCCCUUCCUAGCCCUACGAGCUCCCUUCUGGCUGUCGCAGCAACAAAAGGCGUUGUUGUCGGUGCUGGGCCAGACGCCCUUUAUAUCGCCUCCUCCAACGACAUAAGAACAGCUAUUUCCGCACCCACAGGAGAUGAGAAGGUCAAGACCAAGCCCUUCCAGCCGCGCGCAACGAUUCCUCUCCCCGCUCGGCCUACGCAUAUCACUUUUGCCUCAAGCGAUAGCGCCCUAGUACUGGUGACAGAGAAUGGUACGCAGCUUUCGGUAUUUGAGACGGCAAGUCUCUUGCAAGGGAAUGCGCAACCGGCUUUGUCUAUCCCGACUAAUGGUGCCACAUUUCGCUUCCUUGCCCCCAAUCCCGCACAGUCUGAAGACUCGCACUCAUCCCUUGUUGCGCUUGUCACAACCGGGGGCGACCUCCUCAUAGCCGAUCUGAAAGCCGGAAACAUGCUCUCGGGUCCCAAUGGCCAGGUGUUGAAAUCGGGCGUCAGCACAGUUUGCUGGAGUAACAAGGGCAAGCAGCUUGUGGCAGGGCUGGCGGAUGGCACUGGAUUCCAAAUGGCUCCAGAUGGUGCUCAGAAGGAUAUCAUUCCGCGUCCUCCCGAUCUGGAGGAUAACCAUCACGUGUCCUCUAUUGCCUGGCUUGAGAAUGACGUCUUCUUGAUGGUCUACACAUCGAAUGCUGUGGAGGAUGAUAUGGGCCAGAUACCAUCUUCGCAUUACUAUAUUAUCACCCGAAGGAAGAAUGCGCCUUUCUUGAUCCAGAAAUUGCCGGAAUUGUGUUUGCCAUUUGGCUUCAAGCGCGCCCCUGCCUACCAGUUCCUCGCGCGUCUCCGAGACUACAAACCGCAUUUGAAGGAUGUCCUUGUUGUAUCCUCCACCGCUUCGACCGACGUAAGCUUGAUCACGAGAGCGGAUCAACCGCUGGCUAGUGAUGAUGCCGCCAAGGCCACCACAGGGCUCUUUGUGACGACCGAAUUGAACGAUGACACCAAGAGAGCUUCCCUCCCGCUAAAAGACUCUACGGAAGAAACCUCUGUGAUCGGUUUAGGCUUUGACCUAUCGAGCACUGAGAAUGUUGUGGCUCCAAUCGCUGGCGAGGAUAUUGCUGAGAGUUCUACGCCGCUGCCGAACCUGCUACUCCUCAAUAAUGAGGGUAUCCUGUCCUCUUGGUGGUUCGUCUACAACGAAUCAGUCCGUCAAAAAAUCCCUUACCACGGUCUGGCAUCAGAGGCUCAACAGCAGCAGCCGGCACCGCCAGCACAGUCAGUACAACCUCAGCCCCCUGCGCAGCCUGCGUUCGGACAAUCAGCUUUCGGUAGCCCAUCUCCGCUAGGAGCAUCCCCUUUUGGCAAACCGUCAGCUGCACCGGCAUUUGGUAGUACUUCCACUUUGGGUGCCAGCCAGCAGCCGCCUGCCUUCGGAAAGACAUCGUUUGGCGCACCUUCUUUCGGCACCCCAUCACAGCCGGGGGCCUCCUUUGGCGCUCCUAGUGCCUUGGGAACUGCAUCACCCCAGUUCGGUAAGUCCGGCUUCGGCGCACUGGGCGGCGGGUCAGGUUUUGGACAACCGUCAACACCGGGUAAGAGUCUGUUUGGAGCCUCGACUACUAGUACAGGAGGAGGAUUUGGCUCCUUCGCAAACUCUUCUGGAGGAGGGUUUGCUGGCUUUGCGGCGUCAAAAACCACUACCGAAUCACCCUUCGCUAAAAUGUCUGGAGAAAGCGCGUUUGCGAAAUCGUCUGUGCCGUCGCCGUUUGGUGCUAAGACCGAAACUGACACUGCGUUCCCUCCCCCAACCUCGGGCGAGACAAAGAGCGCUUUUGGACAAAGCUCUAGUGGCUUCGUGUUAGGAUCUACCUUCAAGGGCGACGGUACUGCGGUCAACGAUGGGCCUAAGCCAGAUAAGCCUUCAGGACUAUUCUCAUUUGGCGAAUCCAUGGACGACAUGGUAUCUAGCAGCAACAAGACUAGUCCACCAACCGAGUCAAUGGAUGAUAUGGACGACGAACCUGCGCCUCCGCAGAAGCCUGAGUCCAAAGAGCCUGAAUCUAAGGGACCUGCGCCAUCUAUUUUCGGAGCACCCUCCAAGACCGAGACCGCUGCACCGACCUCCCUUUUCGGCUCCAAGCCCCAGCCUCCUAAUCCUUUUGGUCAGCAACCGGCCAAUCCUUUCGGCCAGCCCCAGGCUACUACCAAGUCUCCAUUCUCGUUGUUCGGCAAUGCUUCACCUGCUAAGCCCACAUCAAGCCCGCUGGCUACCCCCUCUGAAAAGACUACAGCUGCUACUCCACCCUCAGCUAAGACGCCUUCCGAAGACGCCCAUCGUACUCCCCUUGCCUCCAGUAUUCAAACGCCUCUCCCCCCUGACCCCACCAGCAAGGCUUCGUACGGGCCGGGCGAUACUUCGGCAUCGUCCAAUGUGUCUAAGAGUUCCGUUGAUGACGCUCCUCUUCCUCCCGACUUCACUGUCAAGGCGAAACCUGCCGCGGCAGAUGUCGGAGGAGAGCCACCUUUACCCCCGGAUUUCGCGAAGAAGCUUCCUGAAGAGGAAGACGAGGAAGAAGAAGUGGACGAGGCUGAAGCUGAAGAGGCGCCGUUGCCUCCGGAUCCAGCUACGUGGAAGCCACCAGCAACGCAGGAAGAGCCUGGUCCAGUACCUGACGAAUCCGAUGCCGAUGAGUCUGGAAGAGAGGAGAGUGAGGAAGGCGAGGAAGAAGCGGAAGAGGAAGAGGAGGAGGGCGACGAGUCUGAUUUUGGAGAUAGCGGUGAAGAAGUCUCCCGAGAUAUCAGCGAACCAGAGUCGGCAGAGGCGAGUCCAGAGGCCACUCCCGACGGUGCCUUCAAGUUCGGGACUAAGGGUGGCUUGUUCUCGCAAGCUGCUAAACCUGCACCCGCUCAGCCCCCGGCACAGCGGUCCUUGUUUGGGGAAAUUGGAAAGUUCCCGACAUUCCAAACUCGGGAGCCUCUAAGGUCGCCCAGUCCCGUACGGAGUGGUCUUCAGAAGAACCGGUUCAAGAUCGGGGGCCAGAAGCCCAAUGCUGCACAGGCUCCAGGAAGCACUCUUGCUGCACGCAAGGCUUCCCUCACCGAGGCCGUCAAGCGUGAGAAUCUCCUCAAACCGCAGGUUACUCAGAAGGAGAAGUCUCCCGUGGACCUCAAGGCCAAGCAGAUGGAAGAGGAAGCUCAGGCUCUUUCGGACGAUGAUGAGGACGAGAGGCUGCGUGCAGAUCUCGCCCGACCUCUGGAGCCCGUUCCGACGCUGGAUCCUUUCCUGCCUCACCAGGAUUAUGCCGGAGAGACCAGCAAGCCUGGUAUUCCUGGCCAGAUCGAGCGACUAUACCGGGACAUCAACUCCAUGGUUGACACACUGGGCAUCAAUGCUCGAUCACUGGCCUCGUUUGUUCUGUACCAGAAGCAAUCGCAAAGUGGUGAUUGGGUCGAGCUAUUGAACAAGGAACACCCAGCUGCUAUCCUUGACGAGAAGCUAUUGCUCUGCGAUAUCGAGAAACUGGACGAUGCUGUUGUCAUGCUUGCCGGCUCUCUUGAACAGCAGCGUGUGCAAGGGGUCGAGGACAAGCUGAAGGCCUGCCAAGAGCUCCUGAGCAAGGAUAUUUUGACGCUUCGGGGCCAGUGCGCGAGCAUCCGAAAGACUCUAGAUGCCCACACCGAUGCAGCAGCUAUCGUCUCCGCGCCUCUUUCAGCAGAGCAGGCGAACCUGCAGCAAGAUCUCCGCACUGCCUCGACUGACAUCCAGGCCAAGCUGGCGGAUCUCGAGUCGGCAGUGUCCCUCCUUCGUGCCAAGAUAGCCGACGCUCCUCGUCCCGAUGGCACUGGCUCCCGGCAAGCUAUGAGGCGGCCGACCGUGGAAGCUGUCACGUCUACAAUUGCUACGAUGACCAACAUGGCCGAAAGCAAGCGCAGUGACAUUGACGUCCUGGAGAUGCAGCUGAAGAAACUAGGCAUCGACGCCUCGGCCCCGGCAGCAGCCAGCCGGGAAGGCUCACCCUUCACAACCCCGCGAAAGGGCAUGGGCCGAUUCCCAACCACCCCCGGAUCCGACGGACCCAACAGCGCAUACCAUACACCGGACUCUGCUACACGAGGCUUCCGAUCAAGCAUCAACGGCUCAGCGCGGGCUAGUCGGCUUCGUGAAGUGGAAGGUGUCGGAGAGCUCGUCACCCGGGAGGAGAGUGCGCAGUGGAAGACGAAGCGGCAACGCCGGCAGCAUAUUGUGGGCAGUCUGAAGAAGGCAAUUGGAGAGAAGAAGUCCAAGGUGCGCGGAGUGGAUGAUCUGUAGGAUUAGCUGCUUUUCUAUUACUAUUCUGUUUUUCCCUUGACUAUGAGUUCUUGAACCAUGAAAAAAACAGCGGGUCCGGCCAUUGGAUGUUGG